AUGUCCGGCCGCCUGGCCUUCCAGACCCAGCUGGCCUCCAUCAUGGAGGUCCUGGCGAACGCUGGCGGUGGCGGAGAUCUGCAAGCUGGUGGACGACGACUACGCGCUGGUGAGCCUGCAGAUGUCCCAGUGUCAGAGAGAGAACAAGGCCCUGAAGAGGACGAGCUGCACCUGCUGGAGCUGAAGAUGGCCCGGGGCGCCGCUGAGCGCCGGCUGCGGGACAGCGCCGCCCGCCGCCGGCCCCGGGUGCAGCUCGCCGCGGGAGACCGGCUCCGGGACGCGGCGCCUGCGAGCGCGGGGGUGGAGGCGUCUCUGUGGCCGGGCGGAGCAGCCGGAGACGCUCCCGGGGAGCCCCUCCUGUCCGGAGGCGUGCGGAGUCAGUCUCCAGACGUGGAGCUGGUGGAGCCCGAGGCGCUGCUGGUGAAAGAGGAGGAGCCGGAGGCCGGCGUGGCUCAGGAGGACGAGUCCCAGGAAGACCUGCGCCUCAUCGGAGACGACGGGGUCCUGGACUGUCCCCACCCCUGGAGCUGCAGUCAGAGGCCUCCCUUCCAGCCUCAGGAGCCUCAGGUCCAGAGCAGCAGGAAGCGGGGCGGCGGCGGCGGAGGAGUGGAGAAGUCUGAGGAGCUGGACGUGGUGCUGGUCAAGGUGGAGGAGGCGGGGCCGGGGGCGGGGCAGGGGGCGGGGCCUCCCAGCCAGAAGGGCCUCAGCAUACAGGAGGGACUGGUGGAGUCCAGCACGGACGAGUAUCGAGGAGUGCUCCCGUUGGACGACCCCCAGUCGUCCUCCAAUCCCUUGUCCGACCUGCAGGAGUGUGGGCGGGGCUUCUCAGAGACUGGAAUGCCCCCCCUGACGCCCCUAACCCCCGGGGGGUCUGACGAGUCCAGCGGUGUUGUGGCCGUCCAGCUGAGGGUGGUGGACACCAACUCAUCCUCCAGCCCCUCCCAGCAGCACAGACCCUCCAGCAGCAACCCCCUGGGCUCUGAGUACUCGCUGUUCGAGCUGGAGACCUUCUUCACCCGCUGGGCCCCUGACGGCGACCCCGCGGCCCCCAGGGGCCCCUCCUGCUCUUUCUCCACCCACGACUCGGCGGACUGCCAUCCUGACGGAGCUGCUGUGGUGGAGCGCCGGCAGCGGCCUCCAGCUCCGGGUGGAGGUCAGAGCUUCUCUGCAGCCGGACCCCCAGCGUCUCGAGGACUGGGCGGCGGCUCCUCGGGAUCCCGGCCGCCUCAGCCUCGGUGGACCAGGACCCUGAGUUCCAGCAGGACCCUCACCACCAGCUCUCAGCUGCAGCCCCAGGCCUCGGCCCGCAGGACCCUGAGCUCCGCCGGGGCCCCGCCUGGGGGGGCCGACGGCGGGGAGGCGGCCCUCGCCGCCCAGUAUCGGGCCGAGCUCCUGGGUCCGGCUGCUGGCCCCGCCCCCGCCCCCGGCGAGCGCCGGGCCAAGAGAUACGUGUGCCGGACCUGCGGGAAGGCCUUCUCCGGGCUCUCCAACCUGGAGGCCCACCAGAGGGUCCACACCGGCGAGAAGCCGUUCGGCUGCAGCACCUGCGGCAAGACCUUCUCCGAGGCCGGGAACCUGAAGAAGCACCAGCGGGUCCACACCGGGGAGAAGCCCUUCAGCUGCCAGCGCUGCGGCAAGACCUUCGCCUGGAUCUGCAACCUCCGGACCCACCAGCAGUCCGCCACGGGCUGCGGACCCCCCGCCAGACCGGGUCCCAGCUGAGGGGGCGGUCUGGACCAGUCCAGAAACAUCCAGACUGGUCCAGACCGGUCCAGACCAUCUCAGACCAGUUCAGACCGGUCCUGACUGGUCCCUCCUCCUGGCUUCCUAAAACACUGUGACUGUCGGCUCUCAGUCUGUCGACACGCCCGGAACCAAAGUCUGGAUCAGUGAAGUGAAUCCUGGAGAACCGGUUCUCCAGGAGGAGCAGGGCGGGUCCGUUCAGGUCUCAGUUCCACCGACGACAGCAGAGAAACUCCACCUGGAGCCUCCAGAGCUGACGCCAGGGCUAUAUCCUGGAUUCGGUUCUUUGCGUAUCUCUUCUCUUCAGGAUGCUUUUCUCAGAGCUUUAACAGCUUUGUUUUUUUUUAAAUAAACGGUUUCUCUGGAAACAGCUCUGUCUGAUUGGUCGUCCUGGUUUCAGCCUGCUGAUCGAUCAGACCAGAGGAUCUUCAGAGUCCAGCGGCUCCAGGUCCUCCGGGCUCCUUCCUGUGGUUCUGCCGUCUUGCUGUCCGGUCGUCGGCUGAAUGAGGGUUUUAGUUUCCUGAAGGUUUGGAAGCUGAAACACUAAAUAUAACUACAACACAGAGAAGUCAGGGAGUCUCCACAGCUCAGAGUGAAGGCGACAUUUUCACAAUCACCCAGUCUGUGACCUUUGACCCAUACACACUGACUGUGUGACCUCUGAGCCAGGUUCCUGUUUCUCCUGGACAGAAAACCCCCGGAGUGUCUCUCUCCGACAUGUGGCCGAAGCUCCACACAUGAUCCAAAAAACCCACAAAGAAGCAGACGAGCGUCUAGAAAAGAAACAUUUCACUCAUUGGUGGUCUUACUACAGCCUUACCUCCAA